CCGCCCCAUCGCAGCUCAUGCGCGGUGCCGCUGUUCACGGCUGGGCCAUGGGCGAGCGGCGCUGAGCGCCAUGCGGGGCUACGAGCCCAUGCCCGGCUACGGGCAGCUGCUGCACCGCGGUUAUGGCAGCCUGGCCGCCGCAGUGCGGGGCUGCUCGGAUUGCGGCUGGGAGCUGUCGAGGAGAACGUGGGCUGAGAACGCGAACCUGCGUUGGGGAGAGGUGCUGCUGUGCGGGCUGUGCGCGCUGGGAUGGACCGUGCUGCGCCGCGCCGCCGCACGACGCGUGUUUCGGCCCUUCGGUGAGUGGUGCAAACUGCAGCCAAAAGAUGCUGCCAAGAUGCCUGAGAGUGCCUGGAAGCUGCUUUUCUACACAAUAUCCUGGUCCUAUGGCUUCUACCUGCUCUUCUGCACUGAAUACCCCUUCUUCUACGACCCGCCGUCUGUCUUUUAUGACUGGAAGAAGGGCAUGGAUGUGCCCACGGACAUCGCUAUCGCCUACCUGUUGCAGUGCAGCUUCUAUGGACACUCCAUUUACGCCACCGCCUACAUGGACACAUGGCGCAAGGACUCUGUUGUCAUGCUGCUCCACCACGUGGUCGCUCUGACCCUCAUAGCCUUCUCCUAUGUGUUCAGGUACCACAACGUGGGCAUCCUCGUGCUCUUCCUGCAUGAUAUUAAUGACGUGCAGCUGGAAUUCACUAAGCUCAAUGUCUACUUCAAGCACCGGGGGGGUGUCUAUCACCGGCUCAACGACGUCAUCUCCAACAUUGGCUGCCUCACCUUCAGUGUCAGCUGGUUCUGGUUCCGUCUCUACUGGUUUCCCCUCAAGGUGCUCUACGCCACUUGCUACUCCAGCCUCCAGUCAGUUCCUAACAUCCCCUUCUACUUCUUCUUCAAUGCUCUGCUCCUUGUCCUCACCUACUGGUUUCUGUACAUCGUCCUGUUUGUGGCCAAGGUGCUGAUGGGGCAGGUGCAUGAGGUGAAUGACGUGCGUGAGUAUGAUGUGGAGGACAGCAAGAAAACCACUGCAACCAAGAAGAAAGAGAGUGGGCUCCAGCUGCCUGAUGCUCUGAAAGAAGGGAUGCACCUGAAGAACGGACUUGUGAAAGACAAGCGGCUGUAAGUGUGUGGAUGCUGCAGCCUGGCUGGAUCUGGGGACUGACCCAGAUCAGGACCCUACGCUCAAU